AGUUCCUCGGUGGGCUUGGCCAGGCCAAAGCUUAUGCAACCAGCUCCAUCACAGCCUCUUCAGCAUACGAUCGUGUUGUCGUCGCCCCAGUAUCCCAUUGUCGCCACUUGAACGCAGGCUUGCAGUUACUGUUGGCGCCGCGAGUGUUGCUGCGUGGAGUCAUCAUGGCUCCGCCGCUUCUCUCUUCAUCUUCGUAGUGGAGUUGGUUGGUGGUAUGCUAGGGUUUGUAAAAUUCUGGAACGUGACAUUGGCGUAAGCGGCGGGUGAUGUGAUAGGUUUGCGUCUGAUUAAGAGUAGAAUUGGAUGUUUCGUCCUGAAUCUUUUUAUUUUUUGGAGCUGUGGUAGGCUUUUCGGUGGGAAUGGUGUGUGAAUUUGCUCCGUUUAUUUGCGGAAUUUAUUGAAUUGAAGCGAGAUUAGAAGAUUUUCGUCGAAGGAAGCUCCAACACCAUGGUUCGGAGCGAGGUGAUGGACGUGGAUAGGUCGGAUCAGGAACUGUUCGAGAAGGAGAAGGAGAAGGAGAGCAGUAAGAGGAGUGAGCGGGAGAAAGACAGGAGCAGGGAGAAGGAAAAGGAUAAGGAGAGAAGCAAAGAGCACCGAGAGAAGGAUAGGGAUAGGGAUAAGGAUAGAGACAGGGAGAAGGAAAAAGAGAAAGACCGAGCCAAGGAGAAGGAGCGGGAGCGUGCUAAGGAGAAGGAGAGGGAGAAGGAGAAGGGUCGAGACAGGGAAAAGGAGAGGGAGAGAGACAAGGACAAGGAGAGACAUCGUGAGAGGUCUGGACACGGUCAUGACAAGGAACAUGAGACUGUGAAAGACAAAGAAAGACACCAUGAUAAAUCGAGUCACGGUAGAGAGAAGGAUCAUGAUACAGCUAGGGAAAAACAUCGCGAGAAGUCCCCGCAUGAAGCUGAUGCGAAGAAAGAGAAGUCGAGGGAUACCGAUCGCGAGAUGGAUAAGUCGAAGCCCAAGGAGGGCGACCGUGAGAAGGAUAAGGAAAGGGAAAAACAUGGGACGAGAGAGAAAAUUAAAGAGAAGGACGAGAAGAUGAAAGAGAAGCACAGCGAGAGGGAUAAACACAAAGAAGAUGACAAAGAAAGAGAGAGGUAUGGAGCGAGGGAGAAAAGAGAAAAAGAUGAGAAAGUUAAAGAGAAGCACAGCGAGAAGGGCAAGAGCAAAGAUGAAGACAAGGACAAGGACCGGGAAAGGGAGAAUCAUGGAGCUAGAGAGAAGACUAGAGAAAAGGAUGAAAAGGUGAAAGAGAAGCACAGUGACAGGGAUAAAACCAAAGAUGGAGAGAAGGAGAAGCGGGAGCGUGAAAAAGAGAGGGAGAAGGAGAAGGCCAAGGAGAGGGAGAGGGAGAAGGAAAGAGAAAGGGAGAAAGAGAAGGAGCGGGAAAGGGAAAAGGAAAGAGAAAGGGAAAGAGAACGAGAGAGGGAAAAGGAACGAGAAAGAGAAAGAGAACGUGACAGGGAUAGGGAGGAGAGAGAAAGAGACAGAGAACGAGAGCGAGAGAGGGAGAAGGAGAAGGAAAGACAACGAAUUAGACACAAAGACCACGAGAAUGAAAGAGAAGUAGAACAUGAACAUGAUCAGGAGCGCGACCAGCGGACUAGGGGCAUGGAACUCGACAAUGCAGGGCCAGAGAGAGAGCGUGCUAGAGACUCUGAUCAGCCACAUGUCUCAAGCUCUGAAUUGGCGGAUCGACUUGCAAGAAUGCGGGAGGAGAAGAGAAAAGCCAAUUUUGAUCGAAGACCUAAACGCGGUAUCCGGGCCUCGGUGAAGCCGGAAGUGGUAGAAGAUAUAGAUGACAUUGCAUCUUGGGUGAAUAAGAGCAGGCAGUUAGAUGAGAAGAAGAAGGCUGAAGAGAGGGAGAAAGCUGCACGUAUGGCCAAAGCUUUGGAAGAACAGGAAAAUGAAGACGAGGACAGUGAGGACGAGUCCGGGCAAUCGAGCAAGUAUACUGCUAAGGAUUUAGCUGGAUUGAAAGUUCGACAUGGACUAGACAAAGUGAUGGAAGGUGAAGCGAUAGUACUCACACUGAAAGACUCAAGUAUCCUAGCAGAUGGUGAUGUCAAUGAUGAGACGGAUGAGUUGGAGAAUAUGGAAUUGGCUCAACAGACGGCUCGAGAAGAGGCCUACAAGGCUGCCAAGAAGGUUGCAGGAAAAUAUGAAGACAAGUUUAAUAACGAUAUGACGGGCAACAAAACAAUACUCUCAAAGUAUGAUGAUGCUAUUCAAGAAGAGGGUGUAACCUUGGAUGAAUUAGGGGGAGUUGAUGAAAAUGUCCAACGGAAACUAGAGGAGGUUCGCAGAAGGCUACAGCAUGGUAUGGGGGAUCGCCUUGCAGAGUCUCUUCUCACCACUAACUCUACCAUAGCAUCUGAAUAUCUCACUCCUGAUGAGAUGACAACAUUUAAGAAACCGAAGAAAAAGAAGAAGCUUCGUAAGAAAGAGAAACUGGACUUGGAUGCGCUUGAAGCUGAGGCAGUGGCUGAGGGUUUAGGAACUACAGAUUUAGGGUCGCGGGAUAGAAUAUCACGACGGGCAAUAAUGCAAGAUGAAAUGAAGGCAGCAGCUGACGCUCGAAGAGAGCGUUAUGAGAAUGCUGUUGCUAAGGCAGCUGAUGCCUCUAGAAUAUUAAAGGAAGAAAGUGAAGCCAAAGCCAUGGACGUUGAUGACACUGAGGAGGAAAUUGUUAUUGGCGCGGAAGAAGAUGAAGUUUUGCAAAGGUCAUUAGACAGGGCACGACAAGCUGCUUUGAAGAAAAUGGCUGAAAAUGCCUCUGGUCCGCAAGCUGUUGCUGCACGUUUAGCAGCUGCAAAACAAGAGUUGUCCCAAAGUCAAGGAGAUGGCGACGGUGAGGAAGGGAAGCUUAUUUUUAGUGAUACUGGUGAAUUCUGUCGCAGUCUACAGUUAGAUGAAGCACUUAUUAGAAGAUCUGGACCCAAAGAUGUCUUCCAUGAGGAAGAGGAGGAGGAGAAGGAAGAAGGAGAAGUCGAUCCUCUUAAUGAUGAAGCACCCCCAAGUUCGAAAGGGGGUUGGACAGAGGUUGGUGAUGAAGAAAUGAUGAAUGUAAAGGACAUUCCAGAGAUGGAAGAAGAAUCUGUAGAUGAAGUGAAAGAAGUGGCUGUAGGGAAGGGUUUGGCUGGUGUUCUUCAGUUACUGAAAGAAAGAGGGUCAUUGAAGGAAACCGUUGAUUGGGGCGGUCGAAAUAUGGAUAAGAAAAAGAGUAAACUGAUUGGGAUCGUGGACGAGUCGAAUAACGUUGUUGGUCAACGAGACAUUCUUCUGGAUCGCGUCGAUGAAUUUGGUCGAACGAUGACACCCAAGGAAGCUUUCCGAAAGCUCUCUCAUAAGUUCCACGGCAAAGGACCUGGAAAGAUGAAGCAAGAGAAGAGGCAGAAACAAUACCAGGAGGAGCUGAAACUUAAACAGAUGAAUGCGGGAGAUACGCCUCUCAUGGCUAUGGAGAAGAUUCGUGAAGCUCAGGCGAAACUGCAUGCUCCUUACCUCGUCAUUAGUGGUCACAUCAAACCUGGGCAAACAAGCGAUCCAAGAAGCGGGUUUGCCACUGUAGAGAAAGAACCUGUUGGUAGUCUUACUCCAAUGCUUGGAGACAACAAAAACAUUGGCAGUCUAACACCUAUGUUGGGCGAUAAGAAGGUGGCACACUUCCUGGGCAUCAAGCGCAAGCCCGAGGUUGGGAGCAUGGGUCCUCCUCCAAACAAGAAGCCAAAAGAUCAUCCUAAGUAAGUGGCAUCUAGACGCGGAGCAUGUCAAAGUGCAAAGUUUGUGCAUUAGAGAAAAUAGUAACUCGAUGAGCAUGUCAAAAUGAAGACGAGAGGAAGAAGCGAAGUCAAGCCCUGCGACACGAGCUUUGUCUUACAUCACUAUCAAAUCUUUAAGAUUUAUCAACGGCAAGCGAGACUGUAGAUGAUGCAGAAUAGGCCGUUUGUGGUGGAAGCGAUGUCCAGCAUGGCAAAAUAUUAUUAAGCGCAAUUCACUCUUUGAUAUAUGCGGUGGGGUACUUAUGGAUCUGGUGACUUUUGGGUCCCUAUCAGUGCCGGCUUCGAAAACCUCAGCUACACCAGGAUUGAAUUUUAAAGUAACACUUGGUACCGGCGGUAGUUAUUUUAAGCGUGAAUUUUUUUCUCGAACAUCUGACGAUUGCUUUUUGCUGUUUCGAAGAAAAACCACUCGAAGUUCUUGUUAGGAUGCUGCGUCCUUGUAGAUUAGACACGAUCUGCAUGACCAGCCCCUUCUGCUGUCUAAUGGACUUCUCGAUCCGCAUUUGAAUAGCAUAGGAGCUGUCUCAUCCAUCCGAACCCAAUUUUAUACGAGUGUUUCAGACUUUAAUUAAUAUACGAACUGAAAUGAUUUAUUCAUCUCGCAA